GCGACGCCACAGCGGCCUCGGCGCGGACAAAAUGUCGGCGGUCGGCGCGGCCCGGCGGGGCGGGGAUUUGCCCGGGGUGCAGAGAGCGGCCGGCAGCCCCCAGGCGCUGGCGGGGCCCGGCGCGCUGAGCGGAGCAUGGCUGGCCAAGGAGGAGCAGUACAAGCGACUGAAUGCAGAAUUAGAAGCCAAAACUGAAAUACUGGUGCGUCAGGCUGAAGAACUAAUGAAAGGCCAACAGAAGAUACUAUCUCAGCCAGUUUCAGCACAGAAUAAGUCACCUGAAGAUGACAGACACAGAGAUCCUCACUGUCCUGAAGUUUCAUCUCUUACAAAUUCACUUGCAAAGGUAGAAAACAAGAAGAAAUUUCCUUCUGUGCCCACAGCUCAGAACAGACCAUACUCUGCAAGUAAGGGGAAAAGAACAACUUCAAGUUCAAAAAUAAGAAAUGUGGAAGUACAAAGUGCUGAUGGUGUUGCAGUACUGGAAGAUUGCAUAGGUUUUUCUUUAGCAAAAACAAUUAGCAAAGUUGAAGAAAGACUAAAGAAAGGAGUCUUACCAGACUGUCAAGAUGAUGAUAUUAUUCCAAGGGUUGGAAAUGAGAUGGGAGCAGAAGCUCAAAUCAGAUUUCUUAAGGCAAAGUUACGUGUGAUGCAGGAAGACCUGGCAAAUAUAGUGUUUGAAUGCAGGAAAAAGGAUGAUGAAAAUCAGAAUUUAGGAACUCGGCUCAAAGAUACUGAAGAAGAAAACUCAAGACUGCAACGAACAGUCAGCCUGCAGCAGUCUCAGAUUGAGAAGUACAAAAUGUUGUCACAAGAAGCAAACAAAAAAACUGAAGGGUUACAACAAGAGGUCACUGCACUAGAAAAGGAAUUGGAGAGUGUAAAGCGUGCCCAAAAGCAGGGUGCAGCCACUCAGAGUGCAACUGAGGUGCGUUUAAACAGGGCCUUGGAAGAAGUGGAGAAGUACAAAGUGGAGCUGAAUAAACUGAAGCAAAGCAACAAGGAUGUAGCUAAUCAAGAACUCAAAAUGAUCGAAGAGUUAAAAGCAGAAAACAAGAAACUGCAGAAACAAAAAGGAGAGCUGAUUACAGGUUUUAAAAAGCAGUUAAAGUUAAUUGAUAUUUUGAAGAGACAAAAGAUGCACAUUGAAGCUGCCAAGAUGCUUUCUUUUACCGAAGAGGAAUUCAUGAAAGCUCUUGAGUGGGGAAAUUAUUGAUCCCAUUAAAUAACUUCUGUUUGAAAGAUGAGUCAGAUGGUACAUUAUUUUGAGACUGUAUAUGAGUCCUUGUUAAUAGUUAAUAACUGUAUAUCCCACUGAAUUGAUUUUGUUGAUUUUUCUUAUGUUUAAAUAGUUAAACCUUUGUCAGCCUGAUAGCUUGUGUUGUAAUGUCAUAUGAAACACAAAUUUCUACUUCAUUGUCAGGCCAAACUGCCCAUUCUGUAAGGAGCAGAGAAGCCCAGACCAUGCAAGGACUAUUCCAACAAGUGAACUUUGAUAUCAGUUUGCUCUGUUCUAGCAUUUAAAACUGUACCUUACCUAUGGUCAUAUUCAGUCCAAGGAAGUCAGGAUUUAGUCUCAGAAAAUUCCUUGUUGCAACAGAAAUAAACUAACCAGUGAUCCACUUGAGAAGAAAA